GAGCAUCAUCGUGAACGACGUCGAGCACGUCUCUCCUGCGCUAUGGCCGCCGUCUUUGCCACUAAAAAAGCUUUCACUGCGCCUCCAACUGUGAGGACACUCGCUUCGGGUGUCCCAGUCGCACCUUUGGUCAAUUUGGCCGUCCGGAGUCCUCAUAACGGUGACCAUGACCAUGGUGCUGUCGGUCCUAGAUCGGACGUUCCUGCAAAGUUCGUUGGUGGUCUUUACAGGAGUCAAACCUCAGGUUUGGUGUCGAAGACAUACGCGAAUAGUGUGUAUAGUUUCACGUCGUGACUAUGCUUGUAAUGACGAAACUAUCGCGUUCCUAGCAUCCACUACUGGUGUCUUCCAGCAGCGUCUGCUUCACACCUCGGUGCCUGCUCGCGAUGCUCCUAAGGUCCCUGAUUUUACUCCUUAUGAGGCAAAGGAUCCAUCUACCAACCGUGCCCUCUCGUACUUCAUGAUUGGUUCUCUUGGUGUAUUAUCCGCCUCUGCCGCUAAAUCGACUGUCACCGAAUUCCUUGCGUCCAUGUCUGCAUCUGCGGACGUUUUGGCUCUAGCCAAGGUCGAGGUUGAGCUUGCAAGCAUUCCGGAGGGGAAGAACGUGAUCAUCAAAUGGCGUGGCAAGCCCGUCUUCAUCCGUCACCGUACUUCGGAGGAAAUCGAGGAGGCGAAGCAGACCGACUGGAAGACCUUGCGGGAUCCUGAAAGUGAUGAGCAGAGAACCAAGAAGCCCGAGUGGCUUGUCAUGCUUGGUGUUUGCACUCACCUUGGUUGUGUGCCCAUUGGAGAGGCUGGAGACUAUGGAGGAUGGUUCUGCCCAUGCCAUGGUUCGCAUUAUGAUAUCUCUGGCCGUAUCCGUAAGGGACCUGCACCUGUGUGUUUCUAUCCCGAUCUACUACGUCGGGUUUCACUAACUAUUCCGUUCAGCUUAACCUUGAGGUUCCUCAAUACGACUUCACCGAAGCAGAUGCCAAGCUCAUCAUUGGUUGAUUACGUAUUCUGGACAAUAUAUCUCUGCACCUCCGAGCUGCGCAGUUUACCCUCUAGCUUGUCGAUAUUUGGGCGUAUAAUGCGGUACAACCUACGGAUGAGAUGACUAAGCUUCAUUAGGGUCGCUUCUAAUACAGAUGCAUAAUCCAAAUUCCAAGACACUUUCCGCCUUGUGCGCUGUGGAUUUACCUUGAACCCGUGUUUGGACAUGACUGGAUCGCCGGUCCAAGGAAGUGAGGCGACUCUGUGUCGUAUUUCCGAUGUUUUGGCAACUGUUGAGCACGGUCACCGCCGUCGCAUUUCAUCCUUCGACUUCUCUCAUAUAAGCUUCUGCAGUAGACUUGUUCACGGGGGUCUUCUCGCGCUCAUGAGGUACAUGUAUAUCAAUGUUGGGAUCGCUUGGGAAAACUGUUGCACUGCAUUCGCCUCUUAGAGGCCUCUUAUCAACAUGAUCAUAACU